GGUCGAUCUACAUAAUCUUCCCCACUUCAUCCACCUUUUUUUAGUCUGUCGCAGUCGCUCGUUAUAUCUUUCGUUUACCUUUUCAUAAGUUGUGACGUGUAGCCUUCAAUUGUGUUCAAAUAUUGUUGUGGAGAGGCGCACUGUAGCCCCUCCGACCAGACGCUCCUUCUAUCUCGAUUUCUAUUUGUUGGGUUUGUGAGGCCCGAUUAUACAUAUUCGUUAAUAUCAGCCCUUGCCGUUGAGAUACUCUCCUUUGUAUUAUCUAAAAGCAAACGUGUACUCUUGCUUGAUCAUGGUGACGACCUCCCACAUCGAUAGCGUGCGCGAGCUGCUAUCAAGCGCAUCGGCGUCCAUCCCCUGGAAGACGCUGACGCUGCUAUUGGCCAUUAUCAACCUGAAGAACCUUCCAUUCAUCUGGCAUCUUCGCAUCCUCCGCCACUUCUGGGGCAACAUCCGAUGGAAAACCGACCAUCCAUACUUCCCCAAAGGCACAGCCAUCGCCACACAUACGGGCAAACCCACCCACCCAGUCUUCACAGCCUUCGGGAUCACAUCGCGCACACCCAUGUGGGAAACAGACUACAACUUACACAAAUCCAACAGCACGUACUUCUCAGACCUAGACGUCGCACGCACAGCACUCGUCACAAGACUGUACUCGCCCGGUGUGGGUCUGGUAAGCAAGGAGCUAGAUGCGGAGUUCGCAGCCGCCGCCCGCAAGGAAGGCAAGAAGCCGCCUGCGUCCAAGGCGAUGUACAUCGCGCUGGGGUCAGUGUAUUGCAACUUUAAGCGUGAGAUCAAGCCCUUUGAGAAGUACGAGAUCGAGUCCAAGACCAUCGCCUGGGACCAGAAGUGGAUGUAUGUCAUAAGCUUUUUCCUGCGGCCGGCGCCGCGCAAGGGCGGCCAGCGCGUCCUUUUCGCUACUGCGCUCAGCAAGUACGUUGCCAAGAAGGGCCGGUUGACUGUUUCGCCGGAGCGGGUCAUGCGUGCGAGCGGCUUUCUCCCCCCGCGGCCGGAGGGUGUCUCGGCUGAGACGCCUGCUGAGUCUUCGGCGGAUGUGUCUGGUGUGGGCACGCCCGCUGGUGAGGGCAUCACGGCUUCUGCGGCGGGCGUGGAUGGGUCGUUGGUCCGUGAGGUGCUGCAGAUGAAGGAGGGCGAUAUCCCUGAGCGGGCUACGCUGGAGAAGGAACGCACGGAGAAUACUGAGUCGUGGGAUGCGGAUGAGUGGACGUGGGAGCGGAUCGAGGAGGAGAGAUUGCGGGGACUUCGUGUGGUGGAGGGGUAUGCUUCAUUGGAUACAAAGCUGUUGGAAGAGUGGGAACAGUGAGGUCCAUGGGAUAAAUUUAACAUAGA